AUAUUAUCUGCCUCGGAAUGGUCUUGGGAUCCUCCUGGCGAGAUUCCUGGAACCAAUACCGAGAGAGAGAGAGAGAGAGAUAUAUCAUCUGCCAAAACGACGAAAGUCGAUCCGGUAAAGUUUGAUAUUCCGCUAUGGAAAAAUUUAAUAUUGGCGGAUAUCCCGCUGCGUAUGAUCCUGUGAAACACGGGCCGUACGAUCCUGCACGCUACUAUGGAAAAUGUGACACUCCAUUUUUGGAUUUGAAGCUCAAGGAUAUCCCUGCCUGGUUUGGGAGACGUGAGAAAACGCCGCGAGCGUUCGUAGGAGUGUGCUCACGAGCAUUUUGGCGUUGGCAACACAAGUAUGUACAACCUAAGAAGUGUGGUGUUGCUCCGUUCUUUCAAGUCACUGUUUGCUGUAUGAUAUACUUCUAUUUGAUCAACUAUAGGAAAUUCAUUCCUCAAAGGCAAUCUAAAUAUCACUAAAUUUGCUCUAUUGUGAGUAUAUCGAUAGAUUUGAUUCCAGUACAAGAAACUCAUGUAUUAAUCGUAUGUGAGGUCAUAUUUAGAGCAUGUUAAAUAAAUGUUCUUAGCACACAGUA